AUGCCAAGCCCAGGUGGAGCUUCCUAAACCUCAUUCUCAUCCCCGACCCCGCGCUUGGACAUAUUCGCGUUCUAUCCGUCCUUCUUCUCAUCCCCCCAAUCAAGGCAUCCACUCACCCGGUCCCAAUCUAGAACCCAAUAAGAACCCAACCCUCUAAAAAAACCAAAGAAAAGACAAACGAUGCCCCUACCAGAUUUCACCUCCGCAACCAUCUUCCCCCCUUUCCCCUCACUCCCCCUGACCACUUCCUCUCCGUCGUCCUCUGCCCGCGAUGACGUCGACGACUAUUACCUCCUGGGACAAAUAACCGAGAACAUGACGCUCACCAAGCCAACCCUCAUCCUCACCGACCGCUCCUCAACCUCCUUCGCGCUUGUGUAUGACUCCCGGUCCGCCGCCGAGGAGGGCCCAGAGACGCCCUUCUUCGCGCAGCUGGGGUUCAAGAAGGGCUCGACGCUGGUCAUACCCAACGCCAAGCGCACUCCUCCUAAGGAAGACAGUGGUGGUGGUGGUGGUGGUGGGGGGGGCCAGGGAUUUGUGGCGGUGCAGAGGGAGCAGGAAGCCAGUGUGAGGGUUAUUCCCGCGGGGUUGGACAAAGUUGUACGAGUUGGGGCCUGGUUGAGGGAGCGGGAGAAGAGGGAUAAUGGGGAAGGGGAAGGGGGUGGUGGUGGUGGUGAGGGGGGUUGUUGUGAGAAUUGUAGGGAGACUCCAAAAAGGGGUGGAGGAAGGGAAGCAGGGCUGAUGAUGAGGAAGUGUACUGGCUGUGGGGAGGUUGCCUAUUGUAGUAAGGACUGCCAGGUCAAGGGCUGGAACGAGGGCGGACACAAGGCCGAUUGCAAGAUUAUCAAGGCCAUUCGUGCAAUAUGGCCAUGAGCCAACAAGCUGCGGCCGCCAUCAUCCGAAAGAACAUAGGGAUAUCCACGUCAUACCGUAACGCCGCGAGGUCCUUUAAAAGAAAAGCGCAGCCCAGCU